AUGGAGGAGACCAGUCGGGAAGCAGUGGCCACGGCAGUGCAGCGCGUGGCUGGGAUGCUGCAAAGAUCCGAUCAGCUGGACAAAGUAGAGCAGUACAGAAGAAGAGAAGCUCGCAAGAAGGCAUCUGUGGAAGCUAGACUGAAGGCAGCCAUCCAGUCACAGCUUGAUGGUGUUCGUACUGGACUGACCCAGCUGCACUGUGCCCUGCUGGAUGUCAAAGAAAUUCAAAGCUCACUUGCUGAUGUGAGCAAAGACUGGAGACAGAGCAUCAACACCAUUGAGAACCUGAAGGAUGUCAAGGAUGCUGUGGUUCAACACAGUCAACUUGCCUCUGCUGUGGAAAACCUUAAAAACAUCUUCUCAGUUCCAGAGAUUGUGGCAGAAACCCAGCAGUUGAUAGAGCAGGCUGAACUGCUGCAGGCACACAGGAAGCUGAUGGAGCUGGAGUGUUCACGUGAUGACCUCAUGUAUGAGCAAUACCGCAUGGACAGCAAGAACACCAGCGACAUGAACCUGAUCUCCAACUACUUUGAAGAUGUCCAGGGGUUGUCAGAUGAACUGGCCAAACAGUUAUGGAUGGUACUACAGAGAUCCAUGGUAACAGUUCGCCGUGACCCAACCAUGUUAGUGUCUGUAGUUCGUAUCAUUGAGCGGGAAGAGAAGAUAGAUCGGCGUAUGGUUGACCGUAAGAAGCAAACUGGCUUCAUCCCACCUGGGCGACCCAAACAGUGGAAGGACAAGAUGUUUGAGGUCUUGGAGGGUACAGUUAGCACUCGCAUCGAAGGUACCCAGGCAGUGACAAGGGAGGCUGACAAAAUGUGGCUUGUUCGCCUUCUGGAAAUAACCAGGAAAUAUGUUCUAGAUGACCUCAUUGUUGUCAAGAACCUCAUGGUGCAGUGUUUUCCUCCACACUACAACACUUUCAAUAGGUUUUUCAGUCUUUAUCACAAUGCUGUUUCCUCUCGUGUAAAAGAAUUGGCCUCUGAGGAUUUGGAGGCUAAUGAGAUUGUGUCCCUGUUAACAUGGGUCCUCAACACAUACAAGAGUGUGGAUAUGAUGGGCCAUCCAGAACUUCGUUCAGAGUGUGAUAUCAACCAGUUGGAGCUUUUGCUGCCCCAGGAUGUGGUGGAUGACCUGCUCAGCAAAUAUGUCCAGACUUUCACAUCUAAUAUAACUGGCUGGCUGCGUAAAGCACUGGAAACGGACAAGAAGGACUGGCAGAAAGACACAGAGCCUGAGGCUGACCAGGAUGGAUACUACCAAACCACACUGCCUGCCAUCGUCUUUCAGAUGUUUGAGCAGAAUCUACAAGUUGCUGCCCAGAUUGAUGGGGAUUUUAAAGAGCAAGUUUUAAAACUUUGCCUGAAACAAAUGAACACAUUCCUUAUGAGGUACAGAGAGGAGGCAGUGGUCUACAAGGAGGAGCACCUGAGAGACCGUCAGUUGCCUCAGUGUUAUGUUCAGUACAUGAUAGCCAUCAUUAACAACUGCCAGACAUUCAAAGAGUCCAUCAACAGUCUGAAGAGGAAGUACUCUCAGUCUUUGGAGCCUACAGACAGCGAUGCUGCCAUUGAGAAGACACUGAAUGAGGUGGCCAAGGAGGGAUGUCAGUUCCUAUUGGAUGAAGUUUUCUUAGACCUCGAUCAUCAUCUAAAUGAACUGCUGACUAGGAAGUGGCUAACGGGCUCUCACGCUGUGGACACUAUUUGUGUGACGGUAGAAGACUACUUCAAUGACUUCAACAAGAUCAAAAAACCCUUCAACCAGGAGAUGACGAGUGAGGCACUGCGCAGAGUGGUGGUGGAGUACAUUAAGGCAGUAAUGCAGAAGAGAAUCACUUUUAAGAACGCAGAUGAAAGGAGAGAAGGAGCUGAGAGGAUGAUUAAAGAGGCUGAACAGUUCAAAUUCCUCUUCAAUAAGCUGGCUGCUGGUGAAGACACAGAGCGACUUUGCGGAGCCAUUGCUGCCAUCGCUGAAGUCUUUAAACUGACUGACCCAACUCUGCUUUUCCUGGAGGUCUCCACUCUAGUCUCAAAAUAUCCUGACAUCAGGGAGGAGCACAUCCAUGCAUUGCUGGCAGUACGUGGGGACGCCAGCAGGGAAAUGCGACAGAUGAUUAUUGGCACUCUCAGCGAAAACAAAGUCUCUUACGCUGGAGUCACACAACCCAUCUUCAAAGACAUUACCGUGCCCACCAUCACUAUGACAACCAUGACUACCAUGACCUCCAUGGCAACGGCAAAACUGCUCAAAUAAAUGCAAUUACCAUGACAUCCGUUCUACCUUGAGCAUAUUAAGAAACUCCAACAUACUGAUUUAUUUUUCCCCACACUUCUCUUUAAUGGUGUAAUGCAGGCUGUUGUGUUUUUACCUUUUAUUCAGUUGAUUUGUUUCAUUGAUUACAAGUGUGCUGCAGCAAAAUAAAUUUCUAGAUGUAAAAAUGGACUGUGGUUUGUCUACUAAUUGGAGGUGAGUUCACUGUGAAUGCAUGAAAAGAAAUGCACAAAAAACUGACUGAUCGACUGAUGGUUCCAGAGAAAUUCUUCUUUGUGGAGUUCAGAAGAAUACCUUAUAUAAAAGGAUAAAUGUUUUU